GCCCCACCAUGGUUGGUGGGUCUAUACCCACUCAGCCCCACCAUGGUUGUGGCUGACGUAAGAACAUUUAUGAUUAUGGCACUUGGCAUGAAAUACAUACUGGAAGGGGCUACAAUGGGCUUCGAUAGUUUGGUUGGUAUAAUCCAUCCAUCCCGCACAAAAAUGGCUGCUGCCGCUACAAGAGACGCUGGAUGCAAUGAUGCGAUAAUUUUGUUCGAUAAGAGUGAUGAUAACUUAAAGGCAUAUCCAACUCAGGAGGAUGCAAACCGCCAUACGAACACCAUUUACUCAAAUCCAUCCAUGCUUGCCCCUAAGGCACCUGAUAAGAAGGAAGAACUUCCAGACUUCAGCGAAUACGACAUCGUAAAAGCAACUCAGUAUGGAGCCUACGACAGAGUCAACAAGCUCAUCAAUGAAGGGACAGAUGUGAACGUUCUGGAUAAUGAAGGGUGUAGCCUUUUACAUUGGGCUGCUAUCAACAAUAGGCUAGACUUGAUGAGGCUUUUAUUGUCAAGGGGUGCAUUAAUUGAUCGUCCUGGUGGUGAGUUGAAUGCAUCUCCGUUACAUUGGGCAACUAGGCAAGGUCAUUUGCCCGCAGUGGUCCUGCUAACGCAGCAUGGAGCCGAUCCGUCAAUAAGGGACACUGAAGGACUGAGUUGUAUCCAUGUUGCCUCUCAAUUUGGACACACUUCCAUUGUGGCAUACCUUGUAUCUAAAGGACAGGACCCUAAUAUGAUUGACAGUAGUGGGAUGACCCCUCUUAUGUGGGCGUCCUUUAGAGUUUUUGCGGUUGAUCCUGUGCGUAUAUUGCUGACGUUGGGGGCAAGUGUAAAUCUGCAGGAUAAACGAUUUCAACACACCGCCCUCCAUUGGGCAGCUGCAGUGGGAAAUGGUGCUGCAGUUGGGGCCUUACUGCGGGCCAAUGCUGACACUUACAUUGAAAACGUCAAGGGAGAAACCUGCCUUAAAAUUGCCAUUGCCAAAAAGCGGGGCUACAUUGUGAACCAAAUCCAGGACAGCAGGGGUGAGAUACCUUUCGCAAGUAGGUAUUCAUUCCUCCAGUCAGUGCAGGCAAACAAGGAUGUUCGGAGGAAAGUGAUGAUGGGUACACCAUUUGUUAUCAUGUUCCUUAUUGGUUUUAUACCGGAGUUAAGUUUACACUGGUUUGUCAAAAUCAUACUUGCAGCAGUAGCUUAUGGAGUAUGCUAUUUUGUUUCAGGAUUGUUCUUUGAUCCAAGACUGAUGACGAUCCUGCCGUUGUAUAUAUACCUAGCCACAAAGCUUUAUAUGUAUUCCAGUUGGUUCAUAUUUUUUUGGCCAUAUGUUAGUGAUUGGCAUAUACAGGUUCCAUUUGUUUUCAACUCAAUUUUUCUCUGGUACAAUUUUUGGAAGGCAUGGCGAAGUGAUCCAGGAGUAAUUAAGGUCUCCCAAGAGCACAGAAAAGCAGUGAUAAUAGAACUAGCAGAGGCGGGUACGUUAAAUAUUGAACACUUUUGUACAUCUUGUCUCAUUAAACGACCAAUCAGAUCAAAGCAUUGCUCCCACUGUGAUCAUUGUGUUGCCAAGUUUGACCACCACUGUCCCUGGAUUGAUAACUGUGUUGGGUCGAGGAAUCACCACUAUUUUGUGCUGUAUUUACUUUUUUUGGAGGGAAUGAUAUCAUGGUGUUUGUAUGGAACAAUACAGUUUUGGAAUAAUGAAUGUCACACCAAUUUUGAAAAUGAUGGUCUAUGGAUAUUCAUUGGUCAGUUAAUGUCGUGUUCUCCGUGGGUAUUUUGGAUCAGUUUAAACACGUUUGCUCAUAUUUUGUGGGUUGGCUUGCUGUUAGUAUGCCAGCUAUUUCAGAUUGUAUACCUUGCCUUGACUACAAAUGAGAGGAUGAAUCAGAGACGAUACAAACACUUAAAGGAUAAAGACGGCAAAGCUUUUAGCCCUUUCAAUCGUGGAAUGGUACGCAAUUUAGUUGAUUUCUUUAACAUUCGCUGUUUUGGGUUGUGUCGUCCGAUGAAGAUUGAUUGGAUGCAACAGUUCACAGCAGACCUCAACCAAUCUAACAGUAGUUUUACAAGGGACAGUUACCAGUUUGUAUGAAGUACCUUCAAACAAAGUACUUGCUGCUAAAUAUUGUUCAAUUCUCACACAUGGCAGGUUUAUUUUAAAUACAAGCAUAGGAAGGAUUUUAGUUUUAACAUGUUUGAGUAAGUUAUGGGAUCCAACAUAACUUCUGUCUAAUACCACCAUUUGAAUAUAGAGUCACAAGUAUCUACAGGUGCAUAAAGUCAGGCAGUUACUGCUACGCGAUUCUAUUGAGAAUGCGAAGCAAUGGAUCAUUUUAAUGACGAUUCGUUCAAGCUGUCACCGACAUUCAGCAGACGGAGUCUAAUGCUCACAGAGUGUGGAGUUAGAUUUGUCGGCCAACGGUCGUAAGACCUGCACUCAAACGUCUUUCUUAUAUAUUAGUAUCAGAAUUGUUUUUGUUUUGUACUUCGAAUUCACAAUCAUUAAUGUACUUUUCAAUGUUAGUUAAUUUUUUAAAAACAUGGUCAUCGUUAAGUGUUUGGAGUGUCUUGGGGUUGGUGGCAGGAUUGGUUUGAGAAAAUAGCAUGUAGUGUAAUGCUAACUGUAUUAUAUAGUCAGUAGCCAUCACAGUUUGAAGGACUUAACUCCAUAAUCGUAUAUCUUUUGAGUAUACAGUAGUGUUAAGGUUAUGAAGAGAAAGUUCCAAAAUGCUGGGCUACAUUUAGUGUUUAUUGAAUGUAUAGUUAGUCAUUAUAAACUCCCGCCACUGUAACACCCCCCUCCCCCAAUCAUCAUGUGACUGUGACUACUCAGAACCACAUCUUUAAAAAAAACAUUUGCCAAUGAUUAAUUUAAUAAUUAUGUCUGAAUGUGUCUUUUGUCUGAUAACAAGCAUUUUUUUUUACUUUAAAAUAUAGAAUACUUGUUUUUUAAGAGAAAUGUAUAUGUAGGUAUUGUUUAUAGUACAUGUGCUAAUUGCCAGUUAUUUAUGGUUUAUGUAAAUAUGCGAUAUAACUCGGCUUCGACUGUAGAGCUGAUGUUUCAUGCUUUUUAUUGGAGAUGCAAAGCAUGGCGCUACAAUGCACUCCAUGCUCAUACCAUUAUUUACAAUGAGCUCUGUGGUGUCAAUAUCUUGCAUUUAUACGUUCGGUCGAGACGGAUUUAAUUUUAUCCUGAAAUAUAGUCAUCAAAAUACCGGACUCAUUCUGUUCUCUAUUUGUACUGGUUAUACUACUGUAUGCCAUUGAUGUGACAUCAGCUUUUAUUAAAAUUAUUAAAUUAGAUGGUGUGUGA